AUGACUUAUCAACCAGUUGACAUAACCACUAAUACUAUUCCUGUUACUAAAGAACAUUAUUAUCGUGGAUUAGAAUUAAUUAGUCAAGGGAAAACUGCAUUAAUAACACUUGCAGGUGGACAAGGAAGCAGACUUGGAUUUGAACAUCCAAAAGGGAUGUUUGUAUUACCAUUUGAAAUACCAAAAUCAAUAUUUCAAAUGACGUCAGAAAGAUUAUUAAGACUUCAAGAAUUAGCAAGUGAAUAUAGUCAUCAAAAGAAUGUAAUGAUUCAUUGGUUUUUAAUGACUAAUGAAGAAACAACAGAAGAAAUUAAUAAUUAUUUUAAAGAACAUCAAUAUUUUGGAUUAUCCUCUGAACAAAUUCAUUGUUUUCCACAAGGAAUGCUUCCAGUUGUUGACUUUAAUGAUAAGCCAUUAUAUGAAAAGAAAGAUAAAAUUUGUAUGGCACCAAAUGGGAAUGGAGGAUUAUUUAAAGCAUUAAAAGAUAAUGGGAUAUUAGAAUUUAUGAAUGAAAAAGGAAUUAAAUAUUCAGUCGCCCAUAGUGUAGAUAAUAUAUUAUGUAAAGAUGUAGACCCAAAUAUGAUUGGAUAUAUGGAUUUACUUCAGUCAGAGAUUUGUAUUAAAAUUGUAAAAAAAACAAUAAAAGAAGAAAAAAUUGGAAUAUUAGUAAAAGAACAAGAAAGGAUUAAAGUUGUUGAAUAUACUGAAUUAACUGAUGAAUUAAAUAAACAAUUAUCUAAUGGAGAAUUUAUUUAUAAUUGUGGACAUAUUGCAAUCAAUGCAUUCUCAACACCUUUCUUAGAAAAAGCUGCCGAAUAUCAAUUACCAUAUCACAUUGCUAAGAAAAAAGUUCCAUUUGUUAAUGAACAAGGAAUAGUUAUUCAUCCUUCAGAAAAUAAUGGAAUUAAAAAAGAAAUGUUUUUCUUUGAUGUUUUUCCAUUAGCAACAAAAGUAUCAAUUUUUGAAAUUCAAAGAUUUAUAGAAUUUAGUGCUUUAAAAAAUUCAUUAAAUGAAAGUUUUGAUAAUGUUAAUACAGUUAAAAGAGACUGGUAUCGUUUAAAUAUUUAUUACCUUAAAAAAGCUGGAGCUAUUGUUGAUGAUUCAAAAAGUCCAAUUUGUGAAAUUAGUUUUAGAAGGUCAUUUGAAGAAGAAGGUUUAAAAGAGUUUAAAGGAAAAACAAUUCAACUUCCUUUUAUUCUUAAUUAA